AUUCAUAGUCAAAUAUAAUGUCGUCCACAACGGAGGCGCUACCGCUCUACCUAACAGCGCAGUUCUUUAGGCGUGCCUUGGAGCACGGUCUGCAACAGCAGGAUCUCAAAAUCCUUGAUGUUCAACUGACAGAUCUGACGCGAGGCGGCGAGAACUACUGCAGUAAUAUAUAUAGGGCCCAUUUAAAGUACCAGACAACGGAACGGGAUCUCAUUGAGACCUCGCUCAUAGUCAAAUGUAUGCCGGCCGAGAAACAGGCAAUACUCUCCCGUCUUCACAUCUACAACAAGGAAAGCAUAUUCUACAUGCACAUCAAACCAAAACUGGAGGCGCUCAUGUGGCGUGCAAGUCCAGGCCAAGAAACCUGGUCAUUGGGGGCCAGACAUUACUUUUCAACCAUGCAGCCGGAGCAGACCAUUAUCUUUGAGGAUUUGUGCUGUGAGGGCUAUCAGCUGAAGUGUCGACAGUUGGGCCUGGACGCUGCCCAUGCUAGGCUGGUGAUGCACAAGCUGGCCGAGUAUCAUGCUCUGACCAUGGUGAUGGCCAACAAUGAGCCGCAAACGAUAAUAGAUCGUUAUCCGUUCGGAUUGCUGCACAUGGAUGCAAUCAAAUCACAGCCAUUCAAGCUGCUCUUUGGCACACAAUUGCUGAAGCUGGCGGCAUUGAUUAAUGACUGCGAAGGAUUUGGUUCGAUAACAGGCAAACUUUAUCGCUAUCAUGAGCAUUUUACGGAGCGUGUACUGAAAUCGAUUUAUCCGCUGCGUGGAGCAUUUAAUGUGCUUAACCACGGCGAUCUAUGGGUAAACAAUAUAUUCUUCAAGUACGAUGAGCAGUACAAAGUGCAGCAGGUGAAGAUUAUUGACUUUCAGCUAUGCUUCUAUGGCAGCCUGGGCUUCGAUGUCAAUUACUUUCUCAACACCAGUCUGGAGCUGGAAGUGCUCAAAAAUCAACGGCAGCAACUCAUAGAUGCCUACUCCGAUGCCCUGGUGUGCUGCCUGAAGCAGCUUCCCUGGAGCCAGCCACUCCCCACGUAUGAUGAUAUAAUGGCAGAGAUACGCGCUCGGGAGGCAUAUGGAUUUUUUGUGGCCUUUGGUUUCUUUCCGCUGAUGAGCAUGAUUGGCACUGAUUCGGAGGAUAACUCACUGAAAAAUUUUCACGAUGAGGAAUUUGCCAGACAGAAGGUGCAACUUAUGUUUGACGGCAACACACGCACUCUCGAAACUCUCAAGUUUACGCUGAAGCGCUUAGAUGACUUACAAAUCUUCGAUUAAUUGUAGUGCGAAACAGUGACAAAUUGAUAUUCAAACUUUAUCACUUUAUCACAUUUUCUAUAUUAUUUUAUAAUAUGUUAUAUUAGAAAAUCAUUUCAUCAACGAGAACAAUAAAUUAGUAUUUAUCUAACU